AAUCCGGCUGAUCUGACUGAUAUCUCUGUGUUUAGAGUACUCCACACAAUGAGUGAGAGGCAGGGAUCCGGCGCAGUGGGCGGCAACAGCAAAACCUCCGGAGGACAAGAUGCUUCCAAGAAGGACGUCCCUGAGGACUUCGACAUCGACAUGGAUGCCCCGGAGACAGAGAAGGCAGCUGUCGCCAUCCAGUCACAGUUCAGGAAGUUCCAGAAGAAGAAGAAUGAAGACAAGUCCUAGUGGCUGCGGGGGGAACCCGUCCGGGAAGGAGUGGUGUGAUGCUGCAUGUGAUAGAAUCUCGUUCUGUACGGACUCGAGGAGGAAGUGAGGGCCGGAACCUAGAGAUAUAACCUCUCAGUCAUUGACACAUCUGUGAAACUCCAUCAACUACUACUGUAACACCAUCCACUGUAGAAACAUCUUGCCUACAAAUAAAGGUGCUGAGGAGGGAGGAACCACUGAAGAACCUUUCCAGUGGAUGGUGCUUUGAGGAAUUCAAUCGAAAGCGCUCGGCUGAAAGGUUCUGAAAGUCUAGGAGAACCCUUUCCGGCACCUUUAUUUUUAAGUGUUUAUUUUUUUUCCUUGUAGCCAAGAGUUCCUGUGUUCCUGCUGACUUUUACCUCAGUGUUGUUUAGUAAUGUAGAAUGAAUUAAAAUGAAUGAUCUAAAAGCAUCUCUAAAAAGGCCACCACAUUUCAUGUCACUGUACAUUUUCAGAGUGGAAUUUUUGAAGGUGUGAUUAUAGGCUGAGCACAAAAACCAGACGGUCUCAUUCUGUGACAGUAGUGGUUUCCAUCCAUGUCAUUUUAUAUGUAUUUUGGCUUAUUGCAUUAAAAAGGAUGAUAGACAUGACAAACACUGAACAAAUACGUCAACAAAGUUUGUACUUUAACUUGAGCUGGAAACUUUUUAGGCUGAUAACUAAUGCAAUAAAUUACAGUCUGCUGACCAAAGCUCUAUUGGAGCUGGAUCAGUGGAGAUCAAUGAUUUUACUCCAGUAUGAAUCUGCAGUGUCUGUAGUUUUAAAAGUCUGCUAAGUCAUGAUUCUGGAGUGAAUUACGCCCUAUAACUGUCUGAAUUCAGAGCCCUCAGUAAUAGCAGUCACAGUGAAGGGUAACACUUUUUUUAUAGUGGUCCUUUGUAGAUGAUUAUUAAACUCAACAGAUUAUCAGUAACACAUCAACAACAUAUCAGUGAAGUAUCAGUAGUGAAGCGUCUGAAUACAUUGAACUAAAUCUCUUGUAGAUGUUCUGUUGAUACAUUACUUACGUUAAGUAGUAGGAUUAGUGGCACUAAUCCUAACCCUAACCUGAACCUCAACCCAAAAUCUAAUCCUAACCCUAACCUUGACCUCAACCCAAAACCUAAUCCUAACUCUGACAUUAACCUCAACACAAAACCUAAUCUUAACCCUCACCCUGGCCCUAAUCCUAACCCUAACCUUGACCUCAACUCAAAACCUAAUCCUAACCCUGAGAUUAACCUCAACCUAAUCCUAAUCCUAACCUUGGCCCUAAUCUUAACCUUAACCUUAAGAUUAACCAAACACCUAAUCCUAACCCUAACCUGGCCCUAAUUCUAACUUCAUAUGUUUGACAUGUUACUGAGAGUCUGCUGAGUGUUUGUUUCAUCUAAAAGGAUUCAGAAUAAAGUGUGACCUAGUGAUGUAAUUAGACCAGGUAAUAGAAAAUUGUGCCUCCUUUUAAUCUGAAGAUAAGUUCAUGGUCAGACUUCUGAAACCCACAAUGACUGGCGUAAAGUCUCGUAAAGUCUCCUCCCUCGUCCAGUGUGUGUUUUUAUUUUAAUUGCACCGUAUUUGCCGUUUAGCCGAGCAUGUGGUCAGUGUUUGGAAGUGUGGCGCCUGUUGCAUAACUCUGAGGUAAACGUCUGUGUCCGGGCUAUUUGGGCUAAUUUGAGGAAAUUACACAGAUGCUUUAUCCUGUACGAAUCGGCCAGUCAAGUCACGCACAGAUUACAUUACCAGACCUCCUCUGCUAAAGCUAACUCAGCUCCAACAGGGCCAGCCUUAGCUUUGAAACAUGACAGGGCAGCAGGUACCAGUGCAGUGAAAGAUGCCUUUAUCUUACAUAUGAAAACUCAUAAAAGUGAUAUUGGACAGACAGACGGCACUGCAGCUGAUUAACGGACAAUGAGAAGCUUCUCAAUAUUGAACACUCACUCAGAUUCUCAGAAAGCUUUGCUUCAGAGAGCUGAAGGAAAGUCAGCCUUAUUUAAAUCUAAAUUUUAGUUAUUCGUUUGAAAUAAAUUCAUCAUCUGGAUGGAAACCUGCCUACUGACACAGACAGCAGUCUUUCUGCUCUACUACUCAGUGAAAAGCUGUACUGACUGUAUUGGCUGUACUGACUGUACUGACUGUAUUGACUGUAUUGGAUGUACUGACUGUAUUGACUCGACUGUAUUUGCUGUACUGACUGUAUUGGCUGUACUGACUGUAUUGACUGUACUGGCUGUACUGACUGUAUUGACUAUUGGGUGUACUGACUGUAUUGACUAUUGAUUAUUGACUGUAUUGGCUGUACUGACUGUAUUGACUGUACUGACUGUAUUGACUGUACUGACUGUAUUGACUAUUGACUGUAUUAGCUGUACUGACUGUAUUGGCUGCACUGGCUGUACUGACUGUAUGGCUGUACUGACUGUAUUGACUAUUGACUAUUGGCUGUACUGACUGUACUGGUUGUACUGACUGUAUUGACUGUACUGACUGUAUUGAAUGAAGCACUUGUUGGUAAAUAAUUCACAGUGUGGCUCUGUUUGAUUACAUCUUUACUGAGCUCAUCCACUGAAGGAGCAUUUAGCACAGUCGCUUUAUCGUCUGUGAUGUUCAUCUGGUUCCGUCCGCUAAAGAUCACAGCGAUGGCUGAAGUGGAAGGCGAAUGUUUCUGUCUUAGUUUUUUUCUCACUGCAGUUGUGUUUGAUUGAGGGAAUCUAUGAAUAAACAUCCUUGAGUCUCUGGAA